ACCGCAUCUCCCAUCGAUAUUCUACAGGUUCAAACUCCGUGACCGCAGCGUUCGUUCUCAACUGGAACGCUCGCUCCGCCUUCUGUAAGAUAGCGAGCGAGCGAGCGAGAGAGAGAGAGAGAGCGCAUGGCUCUACGACCUGCCGGUCGUCUCCUCGGUCUCCAUGAUCGAGAGUUCAUGCUUUAGGGUUACAAUUGCUUGAUUUUAAGGAGUUUUUGAGCCGAUAGCCCUCCCUAUAGCCAAUCCCCCCUCGCUCUCGCAUUUGGUUUCUGUCGCCCUUUUCUCCCAUUAACCCGAGGGUUUGUAGAUUGAAAGGGAUACACCGCAAGCGUCUUUCAGCGCUGAUCCUUAGUUCUCAGGCAGAUUUCUCCCUCGGCUGCGGAAUGUCGGACGCGCUGUCUGUGAUUCCGACAUCGGUUUUGAGGAACCUCGCCGAUAAACUCUAUGAGAAGAGGAAGAAUGCGGCCCUCGAGAUCGAAAAUAUCGUGAAACAACUAGUGCAGACUGCAGAGCAUGAGAAGAUACUUACUGUUAUAAACGUGUUGGUUACCGAAUUUACUUACUCUCCGCAUGCAAACCAUAGGAAGGGCGGGUUAAUAGGGCUUGCAGCAGCUACUGUGGCUUUGGCUUCAGAUGCUGCUCAGCAUCUCGAGCUAAUUGUACCACCCGUGCUCAACUCUUUUCUUGACCAAGACAGCAGAGUUCGGUAUUAUGCAUGCGAGGCACUGUACAACAUAGCAAAAGUUGUUAGAGGAGAUUUUAUUGUUUAUUUCAACCAGAUUUUUGAUGCCCUUUGUAAGCUUUCAGCAGACUCAGAUGCCACCGUGCAGAGUGCUACCCAUCUACUGGAUCGACUUGUAAAGGAUAUUGUUACCGAGAGUGAUCAAUUCAGCAUAGAAGAAUUUAUACCAUUGUUGCGAGAGCGGAUGCAUAUAUUAAGCCCCUACGUACGGCAAUUUUUGGUAGGAUGGAUCACUGUAUUGGAUAGUGUUCCCGAUAUCGAUAUGCUUGGUUUUCUUCCAGAUUUCCUUGAUGGCCUGUUCAACAUGCUAAGUGAUUCCAGCCAUGAAAUACGCCAACAAGCUGAUUCUGCACUCUCAGAAUUUCUACAAGAAAUAAAGAGUUCUCCAAAUGUAGAUUAUGGCCGAAUGGCUGAAAUACUAGUACAAAGGGCAUCUUCUUCGGAUGAGUUUACUAGGUUAACAGCUAUCACGUGGAUAAAUGAAUUCGUGAAACUAGCUGGUGACCAGCUUGUUCCACACUAUGCAUAUAUUCUUGGAGCCAUCUUACCUUGCAUAUCAGACAAAGAAGAGAAGAUAAGAGUGGUUGCUCGUGAAACUAAUGAAGAGCUUCGUGCCAUUAAUGCUGAUCCGGCUGAGGGAUUUGAUAUAGAAGCAGUCCUUUCGAUUGCAAUGAGACAAUUAACAAGCGAAUGGGAGGCCACAAGAUUGGAAGCUCUUCAUUGGCUUGCAACAUUAUUGGCUCGGCAUCGAUCUGAGGUCAUUACGUACUUAGACGACAUAUUUGACUCCCUUUUAAAGGCUUUAUCAGAUCCUUCAGAUGAGGUUGUUCUUCUUGUGCUAAAAGUCCAUGCAGGCAUAGCUAAAGAUGUGCAACACUUUCGUCAUCUAAUUGCUUUCCUGAUUCAUAGCUUUCACUCUGACCACAUGCUUCUCGAGAAACGAGGUGCUUUGAUAGUUCGUAGGCUUUGUGUACUUUUGGGCGCUGAAAGAGUUUACCGGGAAUUUUCAACAAACCUAGAGAGCGAAAAUGAUCUAGAAUUUGCAUCUAUCAUGAUUCAGGCACUGAAUUUGAUUUUACUCACUUCAUCUGAACUGGCAAAUCUUAGAGAACUCCUCAAGCAAUCGUUAAAUAAUCCCUCUGGAAAAGAUUUAUUUCUCUCUUUAUAUUCUUCUUGGUGCCAUUCACCGAUGGCAAUAAUAAGCUUGUGUUUGCUUGCUCAGGCUUAUCAUCACGCUAGCGAUGUAAUUAAGUCUCUAGGGGAGGAUGACAUAAAUGUAAAGUUCUUGAUGCAGUUGGACAAGUUGAUCCGCCUACUUGAGACGCCAGUGUUUACUUAUUUGAGAUUGCAGCUUUUGUACCCUGACAAGUAUCCGUGGUUGAUCACUGUGCUGUAUGGGCUUUUAUUGUUGCUGCCCCAGCAAAGCGUGGCAUUCAAGAUGUUGAAGACUAGAUUAAAAUCUAUGCGUUCGCAUGAUAUCAUGGCUGACCAAGUCGCGUGCACAUCUUCAGGGAGCCCCCAUUCACGAAUUGUACAGAUAACAGAUGGCGGCAACUAUAAUAUGGGUGGUAUGCAUGACUCAAUCGACUUUGUGUCUAAGCUGCAACAGUUUCAGCGCAUGCAAUAUCUGCAUAGGAAGCAUUCUGAAUCGCAGCAAUCACUCCACAGUUCUUCGGCGGCUAAUUCAUCUCAGAUACCAAUAUCUGAGGAACGCCAGCGUUCGAACCCAGCACCUGAACGCGUCGCCCGUUCUUUGUCGAGAUCAUCUGGGCAUAGUCCUGGUUAGUGUUUCUUCUUUCAUCGACACUGGCGUUUAUUUUGCGGCCCCAUCAUAAAUUAAUUAAAACCAAUGCCAGCAUUAUAUUAAAUGUGCUGAUUGGCAGUUGGCAGCAGUGAUCAUCUUCAUUAGAAGGAAUCUGUUAGGCUUGUAAUAAUUUGUUUAUUUCAUUUGUUAUUCUCUCUGCUGUAUUUAUUUUGGCAGGGAUGGUUAUGUGAAUAGAGAGGGUUGUAUGAUUGAUCCAUAAGCGAGCGAGAGCUAUUAUUUAUUCAUUGCUCAA